AUGGCCAAGUCACACCGUUUUUCUCGAUUCUCUGAGCGCGAACCAUCACUCGAUCAACAAAAUGAUAGCAAGGAGCAGCACUCUAAGCACGCAGUAGACGAACGUCCCACAAAACGGAUACGCAGAAAUGUAGACUCGAGUACUACGUGCGCUCCUGAGCAGUUGCACUGCCGUUAUGCCAACAAGAAAUGUCUAAAUCCGCGUGCUGUUAAGCGCACGGGUGGCCUGCACACCUUUUGUGCCAUGCACCGUGCCAAUGCCAAUCGUAAUCAGCGACGGUUGGACAUGCGCAAGCGCAUGGCUCGACAAGCCUUGAAAACAAAAGACGUAGAAGCUCAACUGCCUUCGAUCCUCGAUACAAAUACUUCUCGCCAACAAGCAGAUUUAGUGACAGAAGUCGUAGUGUCGAACCCGUCUCCUUCAAGCCAAGACAUCGAUCCACGUUUGGAGCCGCUGCGCUCGCCCACACCACUUCAGGAAGAAGACAUUACGACUUUGAUCGCGCUUUUCCUACCCCACUCCUGUAUCUUUCGAUACUGA